CAGCAGCAGCAGCAGCAGCAGCGGGGCUUGUCGCUGUAUACAGCUCGGCCCGGGGACGUCGGUGCAUCGCUACGCCCUCACUGCUCUCAACAUGGAGUUUUUAAUGGGGAAUCCGUUCAGCACGCCGGUGGGACAGAGGAUCGAGAGUGCGACCAGCUCCAUUCUGCCAUCAGAAGACUGGGCCCUAAACAUGGAGAUCUGCGACAUGAUCAACAGCGCAGAGGAAGGGCCCAAAGAGGCAGUCAGAGCCUUAAAGAAAAGGAUUGUGGGGAACAAGAACUUCAAGGAGAUUUUGCUGGCGCUCACUGUCCUGGAGACGUGUGUAAAGAACUGCGGCUACAGGUUUCACAUCCUGGUGGCGACGCGGGAUUUUGUCGAGGGGGUUCUGGUCCGCUCGAUCAUCCCAAGAAACAACCCUCCAUUAGUCCUGCAUGACAGAGUGCUCAGCAUUGUGCAGGCGUGGGCAGAUGCAUUCCGUAGCUCACCCGACCUGACUGGUGUGGUGUCCGUGUACGAAGACCUGCGAAGGAAGGGACUUGAGUUCCCCAUGACGGAGCUGGACGGUUACUCACCUGUACAAGCCCCAAAAAAGCAGACUUUGCCUGGAAACGGGCCUGCUGUCACUACUCUGCCUGCCGGGCUCCUCUCUUCCAAACCUCUGCUCAUCUCACCCCAGACUUCUGAGCUAAAACUGGCCCUAAAGGGGAACAAUGCCUUCACUCCCAGUCAGAUAAAAAAGCUGAAGACCGAGCUGGGAGUGGUGCGAAGUAACCUGACUAUAAUGUCAGACAUGAUGAGUCAGCUGGAUCCUGUCACGGUAAAACAAGCAGACAUGGAGCUGCUGGAGCAGUUAUACACAGGGUGUAAGGAAAUGCAAGAGAGGAUUGUAAAGGUGGUCCCCAGGCUCAGCGAGGAGAAGCUGAUUGAAGAGUUGCUGGCAGCUAACGAUGAGAUGAACACCGCCUUUACUCGCUACCAGAGGUUUGAAAGACGAAUACCAAAUGGUCAAAACACAGCAGAGAAGAGUCACACAUACGUCAACCUCACAGACUUCGACUUGACGCCUGAGUCUGGGGUCGCAUCGGUUACAAAUGACAGCUCGCUCUGCCUUUCAAAAGCUGACAGUGUGUCCAGUCAGAUGGCAAGACUUAGUACAAGUGAAUCAGAUGACGCAUUAUCACCGAAAAUAAAUGUCUCAACUCAACAAAGACCAAGUGAGCAGAGUGAAGGUGCAGUGGACGGCCUGGCUCAGGCUCAGGACAGCAGACUCCACAUCGCUGUAGCGGAUGACAGCCCAGCCUCCACCUGCAGCUCCUCACCAAAGUUAGAUUGGAUGAUUAAAAGGGGAAUGAUUCCUAUCAACCAGUCCACUGUAAUGGAUGAUAUUGAGAAGUGGCUAGAGUUGGAUGAUGAGUAUGAUGACUUUGAGGAUUCAGACGGUGUGACUAGUGAAGAGUUUGACAGGUUUUUGGCAGGAAGAGCAAAGGCAGCUGAACGUCUGCCGUCGGUGAGAGCUUCCUCGCAGGAUGCCAACCAGUCAGAGUCUUAAGCUACAGACCUGCCAAACUAACAGUACUCAUGAAGCUCCUGCGCCAUCGGCUGUGAAAUGGAGAUUUCUUUUAGAUGAAUGGUUUAAUGGCACAUCAUGGGAAUUACAACCCAUAUCUGAGGAAGGACGUCCUAGCUGUGUAUGAUGAUCUUUACUGUGGAGCAAACAUGUUUUUUAACUGCUACAAAAUAAUGUUAUUUAAUGAAGGGCAGAGGUUUCUACUUGAUGUUGUUAUGAGGGUUUGUCCAUGUGUGGAAUGCAAACAUUUGCACAUUUUAUAUGGUUACAUUCCUUCUGUUGAAAGAAAGAUAGACGAUAUUGUUAAAGAAAAAAACUUUUGCAACAUAGAUGUAUUAUAUUGCUGUUAUAUAUAUAUAUAUAUUGUCAUGGUGAUGAUGGGUUACAGAAAACUCCCCUGUCAAAGUAGCAAACACUGUUAGCUUGUAUGUAAGAGAAGCUUGGCUAUUGCAUUAUGAAAUAGUGUGAUGCUUCACAUCAUUGUUGAUGUAGGAUGUCAAAGAAAACUGAAUGAUGUUUUUUUUACAUCCAACAUUCCCUUGUGAAUAUGUUUUACUUGAAGUCAUGACCGACUGCUGCGAUAUAUUAAACUAAAACUAUUAACUGGAA